CGGGGCCUCGGGGCUAAUGACGCCGGGAGCUUUGUGACGCAGUGGCGCGCUGAGGUUGGGAGACACCACCUGAAGCCCAGCCCGCCCUCUUCCGCUAAGGCCUCCGGCAUGGAAACAUCUGAACCACGUGCCGGAAACCAGCUCACGCCGACGCCGCCGCGCCACUCCUUGUCUUUCGGCGCCGAGCUGCCGCGCAUGUCAUCGCGAGACCAACUCGCCGAAAUGGCCGCGUCCACUCAAGGGCACUUUGAGUCACUGGACCUUGCGGAAUAUGCUAAGAAGCAGCCAUGGUGGCGCAAGCUGUUCGGGCAGGAAACUGGGCCCUCAGCUGAAAAAUACAGCGUUGCAACCCAGCUGUUAAUCGGCGGUGUCACUGGGUGGUGCACAGGUUUCAUAUUCCAGAAGGUUGGAAAAUUGGCUGCAACAGCUGUGGGAGGAGGAUUUUUUCUCCUUCAGAUUGCAAACCACACUGGCUACAUCAAAAUUGACUGGCAACGGGUAGAGAAGGACAUGAAGAAGGCCAAGGAACAGCUGAAGAUCCGCAAGAGCAACCACUUACCUACAGAGGUGAAAAGCAAAGCCGAGGAGGUGGUGUUGUUUGUGAAGAAGAAUGUUCUAGUGACUGGUGGAUUUUUCGGAGGCUUUCUGCUUGGCAUGGCAUCCUAAGGAGGACCUCCUCUCUUCCGUUAUUCCCGGUUUCUGUACCUAGACCAGCCUCUACACUCCAUCAUAGGACAUCAAGUCUCCUCUUCUCCUGUGCCUUCUUCCCUGCUAUAGCAUAUCUGAAUGGCUUCUAUAGGCAUCUGUUGAUACGAACUGAUAAUGACCCUACUGUGAGCCUCGUGACAACAACGGAAGAUACAAUAGACCACCUGUCCUCCCUGAACACUCCCCACUUGACUGAGCUGUAGGUCAGGAAUGUUCCUUUCCCCCCGACAUAAGAUACUUACUAGCACAGUGCAAUAUAGCUCACUGUGGAGGAUAAGUGGAUUCUCAAAGGUGCCCCAAACUUGAAUUAGAACAGGAAUAACAAGCACAUAGAUACCUUAUUAUGUGCGGCAUGGAAAGGAACUGAAUACAUUUGCAUUUAAGCAUGAAAGA